AUGGUCCAGAGACUUAGCGUCCGGUUCUUACGAUGGGUGAUAACAAAAAAAAGGAAAGUAAAGCGACAAGAAAAACGGCAAUCUUAUAUCGGCAUUGAAUUAAAUUUGUCGACUUCAACAAUACGGACAAUUUUAAAAAAUAAAGAAAAAAUCUUGUCAUCAGCAACUACAACCACAACGACUUCUGCAACAAAAAUUACCCGUUCUAGAAACAAUGUGAUUGAAGAAAUGGAAAAACGACUUUCCAUCUGGAUUGACGAUGAAGUUGAACGCAAUAUACCAUUAAGUCAAGCAAUUAUAGUGGAAAACAUACAGAUUACUGGAGAAGCGGCAAGUGAAGAUACAAAAGCACCUGAUGUAUUUCCAGUAAUAUUAAAAGCAAUCAUUGAACGAGAGAAUUAUCCUCCUGAAUUAGUUUUCAAUUUUGAUGAAACGGGCCUUUUUUGGAAGAGAAUGCCAAAACGUACAUUUUUGUCCCGUGAAGAAAAGCGAGCACCAGGAUUUAAAGCUGCAAAAGAUCGUUUAAUACUUCUAUUGGGUGGUAACGCUAAUGGAGACUUUAAAUUAAAACCGCUGCUUAUCUAUCAUUCCGAAACCCCAAGAGCAAUGAAGGGAAUUUCAAAAUCAACUUUACCAGUAAUUUGGGAGUCCAAUAAAAAAUCUUGGAUCACUAUGAACAUUUUCCAGAAUUGGUUUACCGAACAUUUUUGCCCGUCUGUUAAACGUUACUGCGAAUUUAAAAACCUAGAACCGAAAGCUUUACUUUUAAUUGAUAAUGCUCCAAGUCAUCUAACGCAUUUGUCCAACUUAACAACAUGCAUUCCAGUAGAAAUGGUUUUUCUGCCACCAAAUACAACUUCGUUGAUCCAACCAAUGGAUCAAGGCGUAGUAUCAAAUUUUAAAGCUUCUUAUCUCCGAUGGACAUUUCGACAACUGAUCGAUAAAACCGAUGGAAAAGGGUUGGAUAAUAUAAAUGCACAGGAUAUUGAAGAAUUACUGCAAGUUAUAACUGGUGAAAGUCUUUCCAACGACGAUCUUAAAGAAUUCGUAGAACAACAAGUGCACGAAGACGACGAAGUUAGCGUUUCUGAAGAUGAGGAGCAAAGGGGACUCUCAUUGGAUUUUCUAAAAAAAAAGUUUAGUCACUAUAACGGAAAUUAUGGAUCAAUUUGUACAAAAUGA